AUGAGGAAGUUAAAGUAUCACGAACAAAAGUUGCUUAAACAUGUAAAUUUUUACGACUGGAAGAGAACAAAUGCGAAGAGGGAGAACCAAAUCAUUCGCAGAUAUCGCAUACAAGAUAACGAAGAUUAUCACAAAUACAACAAGCUGGUAGGACUCAUAACCAAACUGACGUCCAAACUACGACUACUGCCCAGUGACGACGAGUUUAGGAUUAAAGUAACGGAUGAUCUGCUAAAGAAGCUCUAUGAUAUGGGUUUAAUAUCUAAAAAGGGUAAUUUGGAAUUAUGUGAAAAACUGUCCACGUCCUGUUUUUGCCGGAGAAGAUUAGCUGUAGUACUAGUACAGUUGAAGUUUUGUCAGAACCUAGAACAGGCAACAACAUAUAUAGAACAGGGACAUAUUACUAUUGGGAAUCAAGUUGUAAAUAAUCCGGCCUAUCACAUAUCAAGGACUCUGGAAGAUGCUAUAAGUUGGACUCAGGGAUCAAAGAUACCCAAACAUAUUGCCGAAUUUCACAAUAAUCGCGAUGAUUAUCAACUACUUAACUUAUAA